AUGGAAAAUUUCAUAAAAGAACGUUUAAAAUCAUUAAUUGGUAAUGAUAAUUCAAUUGGGAUUAGGGAUAAAUAUGAUGUUGCAGUAUUAGUAAUAGCAUUAAUUUUAAAUAAACACGAAUUCAAAUUAGAAGGAGGAGAAGAAACAAAUGAUAAAGUUGUACCAACGAAUUGGAAUUCCAAUGCAGAUUCAUAUACAUUAGAUUUAAUUAAUCAUUUGGCACCUGGUAAAACUUUUCAUUUCAAAUGUUUAAGAAUGGGUAAUCUCUUAUUAGUAAAUGCAAUGAUAAAAGAUAAAAAUGAUAAAAUCCAUACACUAGAUGUUGAUACUGAUAAAUUAGUUAAAAAUACAGAAUAUAAGGAUGUUGAAAAUUUAUUAUUAAAUUUAAAAGAAUUUAUUUCAAUUUUUGAAUAUAGUAUAAUAAAUCCAUUAGUUCCUGGUUUAGUUAGAAUACCAACUAAUAUGCAAGAACAACAACCACAGCAACAACAACAACAACAACAACAACAACAACAAGAAAGAAGACCACCAAAUAAUCAACGUGAUUUUGAAGAUGAUGAUCCUCUUAGAGUUGGUGAUCCACAAAGGGGUAGUAAUAGAUAUAGAGGAGGGUUUAAUGGUGGUGGUGAUCAAGAUCCUGAUCUUUAUCCACCUGGAUUCCCUGUAUUUGGUCAUAAUCCACCAUUUUAUCCAGGCCAAACAAGAGGACCUGGAGUGUUUCCAGGACAAGGUGGUCAAGUAGGUCGUGAUCAUCCAGGUUUUGGCAAUAUUCAUAAUCCAUAUGGUGGAGGAAAUAAUCCAUAUGGUACAGGUUUACCUGGUUAUGAACAACGUUUACCAAGAGGUGCUGUUCCUCCAGGUGCUAGAUUCGAUCCAUUUGGUCCACCAACUGGUGGAAUUCCACCAAGUGGUAGGGGUAGAGGAAUGCCAGAUAGAGAUGAUUUUACUCCACCAGGUUUUGAUAAUGACCAUUAUAUGUAA